AAUUUCAAAAUGCUCGAUAAACGAUUUUAUAUUUAAAAUUAGUCAAUGUGUAUUAUAAAAAUAAAUUUACCGAAUAUCGAAAGCUUCCUAUUGUUGUACUCUUUGAAAUGCGGGUGUAUAGUGAUUCUGGCUUGGACUUUUCUUCGAUCGCUCUUCUGUCUACUAUUCUUCAUCGUUGCCAUUUUAGAAGUAUUCACGAGCCAUAGACUACCAGUAGGAACGCUCCUGAUCCAGAAAAAGGAAACAAUUACUGAGGAUAACGCUUUGACAGUUUACGUAACGUUUGUGGCUUUAGUCAUCGGCGAGGCCUUUCUGUUUGGUCAUACUUAUUACUUAAUAGUGGGUCUGUAUUGUGAGCAGUCUCGUCUCUUAGAGCCGUAUCUGAUAUGUCGCUUCGUGUCCUGGCUCACCGAGAUCAUUUGUAUUUUCGUCCUGUGUCUGAUUCACAAGCUGCUUAUCGGAUGGUAUUUGGGCAUGUUGAUGUUUAUCAUACUAGAAAUCUAUUUCUUCAUCGUGGUGUACAGUUACUAUGUAAACUUGGCUGACUAUGAAAGGACUGAAUGCAGGAAGAGUCGCGUCAGACCGUGCGACACGUGUCCCUGAUAUUAGCAAAAUGAUUUCAUUUAA